AUGUCAAGUCCUCCUCAAGGAGAUCAAGGACCCCAGCCUGGGGGAGGAGCAUCCCCUGGAGGUCAGAGUGCCACGUCGGCACCUGCAGCAGGGUCGGCGCCCGCGCCGCCUGUGGACCCUGGAGUUGUAGUGCAGCAGUUGGCAACAGCUUUGUCUUUGCUGGCUGCGAACCAGCAAGAUUCUUCUGUGAGAGAAGCCAAGUUUGUGAAAGCUCCUGAUGUGUUUGCGCCCAAAACCCUUGAUGAAGAACUGGCCGGUUGGCCGGAUUGGUCCUUCUGUUUUCGUAAUUGGCUUUCAGUACAGGACGGGGCAUUUAGGGACGAUCUUCUGAAAGUCGAGAAAGCCACCGAGAUCCUCGCAUUUGCCGAUUACGAGUCCGGAACCAAAGCUCGAAGCAUCAGAUUGUACUCUAUAUUGGCGACUUAUCUUCGGAACCGUCCUCUCCGAUUGCUGCGGUCGGUAGCAGACGGUGACGGGUUCCGUGUGUGGCGCUCUUUGGUAGAUGAACUCCAACCUUCUAGUCGUCCUCGAGCACUUGCGUUGGCACAGGCUUUGGUAAAGUUCCCACCGUACAAAGAGGGCGGCAGUUUGCUAGACUACACCCUUGCGUUCGAGAGACUCCUCACAGAGUACGCAAAGGUUGCACCUCAUCCCUACCACAACAACUUGAAAAUUUCAACGCUCCUGGCAGGACUGCCUAGCGACGUGCGGAAGUACCUGGAGCUGAACAUGGACGACAGCAUGACCUACGAGAAGCUGCGCACCCGGUUGCUGCAGUAUGAACGGACUACCGCAGGGUGGUCUUCGGAGCAUGUGUUGCGGUCGGUUGGCAUCGACAAAGAUUCGAAGUUCUUGGACACGUCAGAUGUUGUGCCAAUGGAGGUAGAUCGCGUUGAGAAAGGAAAAGGGAAGAAGGGCUUUGGCAAGAAGGGCACCGGCAAGAAGGGCGACAACAACUACUAUCAGAAGGGCAAGGUAGUGCACGAGCAGCCCAAUGACAUCAACCUAGUGAUCUUCGAGACUCCCCAGACUCCCACCUGUGAGUUCUUCGAUUUGGCCUGUGAGGACGAUGACUGGGAUGACUAUUUCGACGAGCCCGAUGAGUACCAGGUACGUGCCGUGGAACUUUGUGCGGGAAGUGCCUUAGAAGUUGAAGCUGAAGCCGAAGCUGAGCUCCAGUCGAGUAGCACGCUGGUGUUUGACAUAGCGGAGAGUGAUGAAGACAGUGAUUGUGAGCAUGACGUUCGUAUGGUCAGUGAGCAGCCGAUGCAGCAUGAGUUUGAGCAAGUGAUCUUGGAUUCUGGAGCGGAUGUGACAGUGCUUCCCCUCUCCCACGGCGCGGUAGGAGAACCCAAUGCAAACAACACCAUGAUCCGCGAUGCCCAAGGUAAUGUCAUCCCGAUGGCGAGCUACAGAAAGAACGUGGUCUUUGAAGUCGAGGGCAACGAAGGCCAGCGGCUGUUCUUCCGGGACAAGGUUGUCGUAGCUCAAGUGAAGCAGCCUCUUUUGAGUGUGGGGAAGCUGAUUCGAGAUCACUGGAGCCUCGGGGAUGUUGACGGCCGUUUGCAGAUGAGCAAGGGUGGCAACAGCUUCCCAGUGCACAUGUCUCGGAACUCGCUUGCAGCAAACAUGAAGAUUUAUCGACUUGAGGAACAUGUCCGUGCAGUUGUGAUUGAGCUUUCCGAGUUGAUGGAGAGCGGCACUGAGAUUCAAGGGUGGAGCCUCUCCCCAGAUGGGGGCCCCAUGCACGUGAGCACAAGCAGCAGCUGCACCGUUGAUCCUUCUCUGGUGUUCCCUUCGCAGCAGUGGCCGUUUCGCACCACGUUGCUUUCACAGGGUGAUCGUCGAUAUGAAGUGUUUGAGUCUGGCGAAUAUUGGGAGGAUCGGAAAACUUUGAGCACAGAACGUCCUGCAACCAAGGUUGUUACUAUCUUGAGUGCUGCACCAGUGGAGCCCAGGGACAUUGGAAAGGUGAUUGUAAAUGAGCAGUUUCGUCCUGAAUACAUUGUUCCCGAAGAAGCCCCUGCUCAUGAUGACGGUGAUGCUUGGAUGGCGGCGGCCCCUGAACGUGUUCCCGAUUCUCCUCCAGCCCAGGUUGAUGGACAGCGCGGUGGCGGCGCUGAAGAACAAGGCGAUCCUGUGGGUCCCGAGGUCCACCUGGCUGCGGGGAGACAAGCAACUUUGGUGGUUAAUGAUGUUGAGCUCACUGAAGACUCUUCGCUGAAAGUGUUGCGUAGAGCAUGCCAGUUUCUUCGAGUGAGCAAGAAUGGGAGCAAGGCUGUACUGUGGAGCAGGCUUCAGAGUGAGGUAGCAGAUUCUCAGCUUCGACAUUCUGUGCAAGCAGCUGAUGCAGUGUUGGAAGCAUACCGCCGAGAACCUCAAACGGAAUCUGGAACAGCUCCUCCGGAUGCCGAGACGGUGGCACUUCAUGAAGUCACCCACUGCCCCAGAAUGCCGUGGUGCAAUGCAUGUGUGGCUUCGCGGUCUAGAGAGGACAACCAUUCGGCAAGUACUCCAAAAGAGCUGGGGGUGAUCCACUUUGACUACAUGUUUAACAAAACAGAAGCAGCCCAAGGAAGCCCUGAACACCCCAUGGCAGUGCAUGUCGUUAUGGUCGAUGAGCACACAAACUUUGUGCAGUGUGUGCCUGUGGAGUCGAAGAGUGCAGAACAUGUGCGUGUAGCAGUCGAUGAGGCUGUGAAGAUGGCCUCUCUCCUUGGCCACACCAACCUGACGCUGCGUGGAGACAGCGAGCCGGCGAUGAAGGCGUUCAUGGCAGCGAUCGUGCAAGCAAGGACCCGAUUGGGGUUAGCGACCAAGGUUACUUAUGCUGCGCCGGAUUCGAGCUUGCAUCAAGGUUUGAAGGCAGAGCGCUUUAUUGGCAUUGUUCGGGGUUUGGCCAAGACUUUGCUGAGAACGAUUGAAGAGCGGACUGGAUUCCAAGUCCAGAGUGGGCACCCGGUUUAUGUUUGGGCUUUUCGACACAGUGCCUUCCUUUACAGCAGGUUUCAUGUGCAACGUGACGGUAUGACUGCAUUCGAACUUGUGCACAGUCGGCCUUAUGCUGGGAAGCUUUGCGCUUUUGGUUCCUCGGUGUUCUCCCAGUACCUCCCACACGCUGCUGCUAAAGGAAGCGGUUGGAAGAGAUCGAUUUUCCUUGGAAAGUCAACACUUGGCAACCUGAACAUUGUGGCUGAUAGCUCAGGUGUGCACUAUGCCAGAACGAUGCGAAAAGGUGCCUUAGGAUUUGAAAGUGAGCUGAUUGCGAGCGCAAAGGGAGUGCCCUGGAAUGCAACAUUGGAUGUUUUGCCAACAAAGAGGUCGAGGGCCCCAAGGAUUAGAGCACCAGCACUUAUUGAGCCAGUUGAUCCUGUGGUUCAUGCGCCGGGCCCUGGGCCCGAUGAAGCUGCGAGCGACCCUACGUCGCCGUCCGCGAGCCAGGGUAGUGCUUCUAGUGCUGGUGGAGUUGGCUCUAUGUCGACUAGUUCCUCUAGUUCUGCUGAGAUGAUGACUGAUGCAGAGAUGGGCCAGGCCUCGGCACACAGAGUAGAUGGUGGUGAUCCUUGUGAAGCUUUUGCAAGAAGGGUUCGAGAGGACCAACCGUGUGGUCACGAGCCAGAGGUGAUUCCGGAAACAGACAUGGACUUGAGCUUCGAAGAUGGAGUGGAAAAGGAAGAAGAUGAAGACCCGAACUUGGAAGCUAAGCAAGCAGCCAAGGAGUGGGCCCAUCGUCGAUACGAGGAUGGACCUCCGGAGCUCUCCGAGGAGUACCUUUGCCGCCUUGACGCAGCUAUGGAUGCUUUGGAAGUCAAGCGUUUGUUGGCACUUGGAGUGGUUCGCAAGCUUGGGGAUAACCAGCAAGGGGGGAAUGCGCCAGAAGGAAUGAAGAAGCUUCAAUCACGAUUCGUUCGUGACUGGCGCUUCCGCGGCAACUGCUGGAUUAGGCGAUCAAGGCUUGUCGCCAAGGAGUUCAAAUUCUUGGAACCCGAGCUUGAGCACUUGUACGCACCAGCUUCCAUGGCAGUACUUCAGCGUGUCUUUGCAGGGUUGUGUGCGAGUGGUGAGAAUUUGGUGCUUUAUAGCGUUGAUGUGAGUGACGCUUACCUACAAGUUCCACAGAGUUGCCCUACAUGCAUCAUUUCGAAUGACGGAGAGUAUCUUGAGCUGUUGUACAGCCUUCCUGGUCAGAGGGAUGCUGCUCGAGGGUGGUAUCUUCAUCUCAAGGAAAUCGUGAAGGGCAAUCGCUUAAGGAAAACUUGCGUGCAACAGCCAUGUAGAUGA